UAAGGCCCAGAGCCGAGCCAGGCGUCGCUACGAGACGACACGCUCUCUGGAGGCAACAUGGCGGCGCGCAGGGACAUCGCACAGACACGCGGGACGAAGGUGCCCGCGCGCUACGUGUUCGCCGGGGUGCGGGUGCUGACGGUGGUGAUCAGCGCGCUGCAGUACGGCUGCACGAGCCUCGCCAUCACCAGCAUGGUGCGGAGCCCCGCGCCACCCAGCACCACCAGCAACACCACCAACUACACGCGUCCCUCCGCAGACGUGUGCGCCGCGCGACCAGAGCACAGCGACGCCUCAGCGGCCGAGGAGAAGGACGGGCAGUUCGACUGGAGCGAGCUGACGCAGAGCUACGUGAUCAACGGGGGCACGUACGGCGCCGUGUGCUCCAUGAUGGUCGGCGUGUACGUGGUGCGGGGCCGCAGCCCCAAGCUGCUCAUAGCCUGCUCCAUGGCGCUCACCAGCCUGGCCACGCUGCUCACCCCGGCGCUCGCCGGCUGGAGCGUGUACGCGCUCGUCGCGGCCAGGGUCCUGCUCGGCUUUGUCACGGGCCUAAUCAUGCCAGCCCAAGGUCAAAUAGAAACUUCCUGGUUUCCCCCGGAUGAGAGGCAGCAGAUGUAUGGGAUCAUUCACGCCGCUAAUCACAUUGACCACAUUAUCUCAGCCAGCCUUACAGGAGUUCUUAUCGAAAAUUAUGGCUGGGAAUUCCCGUUUUAUUUGUAUGGAGGAAUCAGUACGGCGUCACUGGUUUUGUGGUUGGUUUUUGUCUACGACACUCCACAGACACACCCUCACAUAACUGAAGAGGAGAAGGAAUAUAUCACUUCAAGAGUGAACAAAAUAACUGACACCAAGCUUCCAGUUCCUUGGGUUAAAAUUGCCACUUCGUCGGCAGUGUGGGCGUGGCUGUCCAUGAGCGUGUCCGCGGCCUGGUUGUCGUUCGUGUUCAUGACGGAGCUGCCCACGUACCUGAGGCGCAUGUUGCACUACAGCACGAGCGAGACUGGUUACGUCACAUCUUUAGCACACGCAUCCACGGCUUUGAGCCAAAUAUUUUGUGGGUUUUUCUCUCAGUGGUUAAGGAGGAGAGGAUUUGUAAGUCACCUCACGUCCUACAGAAUAUUCAACGCUAUUGCGUCGCUGGGGCCGGCGGCCACCCUCACGGCCAUCACGCAGUUCGGCUGCGACGCCACGGCUAUCGUCGCGCUGCUGGUGGCGACCACGGCGCUGAGCGCCACGCUCGUGGCCGGCAGCCUGCUCAACUACAUGGACCUGGCCAUCAACCACGUGCCCGCGCUGCUGGGCGUGCACGGCUCCAUCGCCAGCGCCGUGGGCGUGGCGUCGCCCACGCUCGCCGCGGCGCUCAUCAACCACAACCAAACCCUGUCCGCCUGGCACAAGGUGUUCUACAUAACGGCCGCUGUGUCUGCUGUCCCCUACUGCGUGUUCCUCGUGUUCGGCUCCGUGGACGAGCAGCCCUGGAACACGCCCCCGCCUAGAGCCUGCGACAAGGACCCAGCGCCACUCGGGGAUGUGCACGUCGAAGAGACGACAAAAACUGCCAAGUGAACAUUCCUCGGAACAGUUUUGGAACUGUCGCGACAGUUCACAGUGAACAGGUCAAGUGAACCAAAUGCAUCAAGGAAUUUACUGACAUGGAUACCGAGAGACCUUUCCGAUAAACGGCUGCUAUAAUUUAAAUCUAAUCAGUGGUGCAGAUCCGCUAAACAAAAUGAAGCGUUUGAGAACAGAACAAUUUUGUCAGUAAUUGAUAGGCUAACAUAACACUAGUAGUUCCCCUCGAAGCUGAGAUUCACGGUGUUCUGUUUUUAGUGACUUUGUAAAUUUAAACCCCAUUUUUAAUAACCAAGUGUUACUUAAAAUGCAAUUGAAAACCUAUUGACAAAAUACUACGAAAAGCAGACCAUUGUGUAGAAAUUUUAAAGUUAACGCUUCUUCGGCGUGCGUUUUCGUCAGCGCUAUCCAGCAUUUGAAACAUUUUUCUAGCGACAUCUAGUUGUGAAUUUUGUAAUUGAAUGAUCAUUUUUAUUUUCAUGAGUAGUUUUAAACGUUAAUAUGUAAAAAAAAAACUUUUAAAUGAUAUCACAUAUUAUAAAACCCUUUAAAUGAUACUCCAUUAACUGAUUGUUAUUUCACUUCGUAAAAUUGAACUCUAUCUUGUUUCGAUGUCAGCAUAAUAAAUAAAAGUUUGAGAAAA